AUGUAUGUGUCGGCUAUAGUUGCUCUUGUGCUCGCCCACUGGGCCCAGAUUGUGGCUGGGCUUGCGGUGUGCUAUUUCAUCGUAUCGUCAGUCUACAAUCUGUGGCUCAGCCCAUUGGCAGCCUAUCCAGGACCGAUCUGGGCCAAAGUCUCUUCCCUCCCCGACUUUUACUACUCCCUCACAGGUGACCGUCACCUAUGGAUUGCCCGGAAUCAUGAGAUCUAUGGUGAUGUGAUUCGCUUUCGCCCUGAUGGUUUGCUUUUCCGAACGCCACAGGCCUAUCGCGACAUCUUCAACAACAAGGCGAAUGUCAAGCGGUCGCAUUUCUAUGACAUGAUGACCCGCAACAAGCUCGAUAAGAGUACCCUCACCGGGACCGAUCCUGCUCUUCAUGCCCAGAAAAGGAGGGUGUUGAAUACUGUGUUUUCUGAGAAGUCGCUGCGCGGCAUGGAGCCAAUGCUCGUUGAGCACGUUGUCCGAUGGUGCGAACUCCUCGUGGACGAUGAUGGCGCAGACUGGUCUGCUCCGCGCAAGAUGUCCGAAGUCUGUGAUUACCUCGUUCUUGACGUGCUCUGCGAUCUCUGCUUCGGCCGGUCUGUUGGUACCAAGGAGCCUGGAGAGAAUGAGUACCGAGACAUCCCACACACCAUUGCUUUUUUCCUUCGAAUCCUUUAUUCGCUCGGUCACUCACCCUGGCUGGGACUCCUGGUGUGGCUGAAACCACGAGGGCUGGACUGGGCCCUCGAUGCUCUGGCGCCGGCUCCGGUUCGGUUUCUUUACAACUUUGUCAGCGAAUCGCUAGCUCAGCGUCUGAAGCUUGAACAAGAUGCUGGCAGAAGCGAGAGCAGCCGAAAAGGAGCAUCGCCGCGAAAAGACAUGUUGUACUACCUGCUCAACGCCAAGGACCCCGAAACUGGUCUUCCGGGCUAUACGCCAGAAGCGCUCGAAGCUGAAGCGAUCAUGUUGACCAUCGCCGGCUCGGACACUACAUCAGUCAGUAUGGCUGGGUUCUUCUUCUACAUCGUUCGUACGCCUAGUGCUUAUCAAAGGCUGGUGGACGAGAUCAGAAGUACAUUUGGGUCCAUCGAUGAAAUCAAAGGCGGCCAGAAGCUCAUGUCCUGCCAGUAUCUGCGGGCUUGCGUGGAUGAGGCAAUGCGCAUCACCCCAGCUGGGUCGGCUGAAUUGCCUCGAAGUGUGCUUCCCGGUGGGAUUAUUAUCGAUGGACAAUACAUUCCCGAGGGAACCACAGUAGGAGUGGCACACUGGAGCUUUUAUCGCAACAAGGAAUACUUUCCAGAUCCAGACGUCUAUCGACCGGAGCGGUGGAUAGUGGACGAGGCAACGGGCGUCACGGGAGAGGAUGUGGCCAGGGCGCGGUCAAGUUGUUUUCCCUUCACGGCGGGUACAACCAGUUGUGCAGGAAAGCCUUUUGCGCUUCUGGAGCUGUACACGACCAUUGCCAUGACGUUGUGGCUGUACGAUGCGCGGCUGUUACCGGGAGACACUACUGGCACUGGUGAACCAAGUCAAUGCUGGGGAAGGAGGGAUCGGCGCGUGUUCCAGCUCAGAGACAGCUAUAUCAGUAUUAGGGAUGGGCCAAUGGUGCAGUUUAAGCGACGAGUGUAG